UUCCUACUCUUUUCACUCAAAACACCUGAAGGAUACAUUGUUGGCUUUGAACCAUUCGCACAUGCCGAUCGAGUGCACCAUAUGCUUUUGUACGGUUGCGCGGAACCGGCUCUCACCAGGACUUUCUGGAAAGGUUACAUGACCUGUGGACCUGGAGUAGCUCACAUUUUGUAUGCAUGGGCAAAGAAUGCUCCCAAUCUCAUUUUGCCGAACGAUGUUGCCUUCAGUGUUGGUCAUGCAAAGGAUGGCAUUCGAUACCUUAUUCUUCAAGUAUGGCCAUUCUUAUUGUUGUUCGAACUAGAUUUCUCUGGUUUGACUUUGUACAUGUCGCAAAAAAUGCCAAGAAAUCUAGCGGCCGUGUUGUUAUUUGUAUCAGGAGAGCCUAUACCUCCCGGUUUGAGUCAGGUGCAAGUGAACAUUGAAUUACAUCCAUUUGCUUUCCGAACACAUACCCAUGCUAUGGGUAGAGUCGUAUCUGCUUAUUAUAAGCACAAUGGAAUGUGGAACAAGAUAGGGUCGAGGAAUCCACAGUGGCCCCAGUUAUUCGAAAUGAUUCCAACUACACCUGUGAUAAGAAAGGGUGAUCUGCUAGCAGCUACAUGUCGGUUCGAUUCCCACGACAAAACGCAGCCAGUUCCAAUGGGAAGCAUGGGUACCAAUGAGAUGUGCAACUUCUACAUGAUGUUCUACUGGGACUCAGCGAAUGAAAAUCCGUUUCCUUGGGGUGCCAUAUGUAACGGGAAGGAGUACGAAUAUCCUAAAGAAGGAACAGAACUGUUGCCUUCUAAUCCUGAUCUUGAACAUCAUGCACAUCAGAGUAAGGUGCCAUUCGGAGUUGUUGAAGAAGGUGCGUUUUCUAGUAUUGGAGAUGUUAAGCUCGGACAAGUUGUCGGGUUGUCUUUUAUACACAACAACGUGAUUAUAUUCCACCGUGCUAAUCGCGUAUGGGAUAUAAACACAUUCGAUCAGAAUAAUGUUCUGGUGGAUAAGACGCCCAUAAAGGAGGAUGUUAUUCUGAUCACUUCAAUAGAAGGAAAUCGGACUCGCAUAGUGAAGAAACUCGGAAGAAACAAGUUUUACCUUCCGCAUGGCAUUCAUGUGGACAAACAAGGUUUCCUCUAUACCACAGACGUUGGCGCACAUACAGUAGCGAAGUGGAAAAUCAAUGGGGAAGAUCUUGAUCUUAUAUGGGAGAGCGGAGAAAGACUGGUACCGGACAACGGUCCUUUCCACUUCUGCAAGCCCACUGCCGUUGUGGAGCUCAACGAAGAUAUUUUUGUUUCUGAUGGCUAUUGUAGCAACAGAGUUAUACAGCUUGAUGGCGCGACCGGCAGGCGAAAACACGAAUUCGGUCAGCCUGGUGAUGGUCCAUUACAAUUCAAUCUUCCGCACGAUGUUGUGAGCAUGGGAACUGGUGGUUACUUAUUAGUUGCGGAUCGUGAGAAUGGUCGAGUACAGGAAUUAUCCACUCGUGGAGAUUUUAUCAUGAAAUGGGUUUCCAGUCUCUUCACAAAUAUAUAUUCCGUUGAUGCUCAUGAUGAAUACAUUUAUAUGGUGCCUGGCCGUAGAGAUGAAACUAACGAAACGAGGAAGCUAAACCAAGGAAGGAGACGAGAAGAAUGGAAAUUCGGGAGUAUUAAAACCACAUGUUUUCAGGGUCCGAUUCAUGUGUACGUGAGCCGUGCUAACGUUGGCUUUGUUGAGUACAGUUUUGGCCCAACUAGCCGUUCAUUCGAACAACCACAUGUUAUACGCGUCUCUCCAGACGGACACCGCAUUUUCGUUGGUGACGUUGCUAAGGGAAAAUCUACUCUUUGGGUGUUCCGGGUAGGACAUUUUGUUUUAUGGCAAACUAUCAAAUCUGUUUAA